AUUCCAUUUCAAAAGCCACCCCUGCUGCCCACCAUCUUUAUUUUUUAUUUUGUACUUUUUCCCUUCUUUCACGAGACUGCAAAAGUGAAGCAUGUUUUUCCCAUUAUUAGUUGAGGAGUACCAAUUAGUGUAGUAGUAGAAUAGUAUUAGCAAGUUUCUGCAUCAUCAUUUAAGUUCACUGCUACAAGAAUAGCAGCAAUAGCUACAGUCAUCAGUCUUCGAACUCAGCAUUAUAUAAGUAUGAUAUUGUGAAAUUCACGUUUAUCUGGAAAGACUUGGAAGACAUCGAUCAUUUUUCUUAUUACAUUCAAGUUAAUUAUCGGGUUAGGGUUGAGUUAAUUUAUGAGCCAUAGGCCUCACUCCAUCCAUUACAAGCAGAUCAGAAUAGUGCUCCUGUGGUGGUGUGGUAGAGAAGUUACAAUAAAAUAAAAGAAAGGAAACACGAGACUUGUAACCACCGGAGUCAAAUAGCUAGUUAAACUUAUUGUGCAGUUUGUGUUUAUAUAUAUAUAUAUGUGUGUGGUGGUGGUGUGUAUUUAUUUGUUCGUCUUUCCAUUUUAAUGAAUCUCAGCAUACAACUGGCUUUGCUGCAACUUUCUUCCUGCAUGCUGUUAAUGCCUGCGUGUGAUUUAUGAGCUUUGUAUGUGCUUCCGUUCCAAGACAGAUGCUGUGACCACAUCUUACUUUCCCAUUCAGAUCUCGUUCUAUUAGCUCAGGAUGCUAAUUGUUGUCUGUACCAAAAAUUUGCUAGUCAGUGGAUCCUUUCAAUUCGAAGUCACGGUGUAAAAAAUUUUCAGCUUCUGCAUGCAGGCAAAAUAUGUCGCCUCAUCUUUCUUGUUUCUCUCAGCAUUGAUGGACUAAUGCUUAAAAUAUAUGCCUUUAUCCUGGCAAUGCUUUGCAGUUUUUGUCCAAUAAACAAUUUUGCCCCUCUCUUCUGAAUUCUCCCACUUUAGAUUUUGCGUUUAACUCUCACAGAAAUGGAGGAACUAUAUCUGGGGGUUUGAUCUGAUACUCUUUUAUACGAGGGAGUAAGCCAGCAGGGGUAGCUUCAAUAGCCCUCCUAGCCUUUAAACCUUUCUUCUACUCUGUUGGCAAAUGAUGGUUCAGAAAGCAUGUGAAGUUCCAUUUACUAAGGAUGCUUGUUUCCUCCAAGGCCGAAACCUUGGUUGUUAACUCCUUUUGAAUUCUGAUACUAGUUUCCCAAUCAUUACUUCUACGUCUGCAUGCUCCCACAGCUACUGUUGUGCAAAUACGUGUUGUCCGCAAAGGUUUUACCCAAUGUUGGAACUUAUGGUAUAAAAGAAUCCUGGAAGCUUGUCAUCUACUGUUCCAGUGGGCUAGAAAAUGUUGAUAAGCUACAUACACUGCAUGACAAGUUGGGAUGGGAAGAAGGAAGUAUAUUGCAUUGGAUAUUUCCAAAACGACACAUAUUUCUCAGCGCUGGUCAAACUUCUGCUUAUGCUCAUCUGCUUGUGGUGCCAUGGCCUCCCCUUUACAAAUGUUGCUUUUGCUCCAUCUUCUGAUGGAGUAGAAAAUUUUGCUUGCAAGGAUAAACUUUCAGGCUAUAUAUUCAUGUGCAAUGGAAAAACAAAAGCUGAUUGCUACAGGUAUAGAGUUUUCGGGCUUCCUGCAGCUAGAUUGAAUGUUGUUAAGAAAAUCAGACCCUGCAUGACGUUGUUCUUGUUUGACUUUGAGUUGAAACUUCUUUAUGGUGUUUACUGUGCAACUUCUAAUGGAGGACUUGGAAUUGAGCCAACUGCUUUCCAAGGGAAAUUUUUAGCACAGGUAAGGUUUGAGAUAUUCAAGGAUUGCUUGCCUUUGCCUGAGAGUGCCUUUAAGCAUGUUAUUAAAGAUAACUACAAUGCAUCCAUUCAAUUCAAACAAGAGCUGAGUAAUGAACAGGUGACUAAUCUGAUGUCAUUGUUUCGUCCAAUACUGACAAUUCCAGUACCAUUUUCAAAUAUAUUGCCUGAAGCUGAAGUUUCUGCUUCAUAUGAUCGAUAUGUAGUAAAACGGAUACUUAAUCGUUCAGGACAGCCAAGCAAUUAUCAUUGUAGUCAGCCUGCUCACCACCCAUGUAGCGAAAAUGACAUUUCUGUGAUUGCGAACGAUACAUAUGCUUUCCCGUUUGAUGCUAUUUCAGCUACUGACGCUUCAGUACCAGCAUAUGCUCAAGUUCCGUCACAUGUUUCUGGACCUUCAUAUGGAAAUGCUUAUGCAUCAUCAUCAUCAGGAGCUGCUGCUUACUGGACAACUGAGGCUUCUCAAAGCCUUUAUCAGAUUUUUGGCACUCCCGCCAAUGGCUUGGGGCAAGACCUUACAGAUGAAGAGCGUGAGUUUAAAUUGUGCAUUAGGUGAAAAUGAUGACUCUGGAGCAGAGAAGAAUUUAAGUGGCCCGACAGAAUUAAGCGGAGCAUAACGAAGUCGGGGACCUCUUUCAGUUUAACCAGGAAAUCGCGAUGGAAGAAUGUGCUUGAUUCGUAGGACAGGAUAUUAUUUAACCAUUAUGAGAGUUUUUUUACCUUAUUUUGUAGUUCAGGGAAGAUCCCAAAUCUUAUUAUGGCAAAAGAGAAAAGUGAGAGCUUUGGAAUCGCUAGAGAUGUCAUUGAGCAUGUAAUCACCUGAUUAAUGUCUCCAUUGAGUAUGUUGUCUUGACUCUCUUGUUGACCGGACAACUUAAUUCGUCAUUGCUUAA